CGCGUCUAACCGAGAAGAGUGUUACUCUCAGUUUAACGCAUAUUCCGCCUUAAAAACGAGCAGACUUCCUGUUCCCUCACAAAUAGAUGUACUGUUCCUUUAACUAAAGGGGCCGCGCAGUUGAAGCUGCAACCGUUUACAGGCUAGCUAACCCUCCUCUCACUCAGGAUCCAUUCAUAAAUAAGACAUCGUGUGGAAAAGGAAGCUCACACAACAUCUGAUUUUUCAUUCAGCGGACCGUAUGAGAGGGGCGAGCAGGAACCAGACAUGUUCACCUCGCUCGGGCACUGUGUGUGUGUGUCGGGGGCACAGUGGAGAGAGCAGAAGUGAAUUCCCAUGGCUGACCCCCCUGCUGAUGGUUUUGACUUUAUGUGCGAGCCGUCAGGAGGCAGCUUGAGCCAGCUCAGAGCGUUUGUCAAACCUACAAAUGCUCGUUUCCUCAGAAGGUUUGGUGUUUUAUACGUGCUUCCGCCUUACACAAGUCAUCCUGGUUUAAAUAGUCUACCGCUUUCAUCCCUCAUUUUUUUUGUUGAUAAAUGACAAUACACCAGCGGAGCAGAGGACCUGACAUACCGAUGGAGCAGUGAAUUAUGGCAGCUAAAGAGGAACUCUAUGCCAAAGUGACGCCGCGGAGGCAGCGCCAGAGCCGGCCAAGCACCAUCAAACAUGGGUCCACUCUGGACGUGCUGCUGUCCAUGGGCUUCCCCAAGACCAGGGCGUACAACAGUACUGCCCUCUGUUGGACAUCAGCCGUCCUCUCUCUCCUACUUAGCUCCCACUCCUCACUUAUCACUUUGUGUAUUCUUGUCUGUCGCUCCAGGCUCUUCUCCCACGUGGAUGACCCCUUCUUGGAUGACCCUCUGCCCAGAGAGUAUGUGUUGUAUCUGCGACCCAGUGGCCCGCUGCUCCAGCAGCUCUCACACUUCUGGCAGCAGUCCCGCCUCUCUUGUGGCAAGAAUAAGGCACACAACAUCUUCCCCCACAUCACCCUCUGCCAGUUCUUUAUGUGUGCCGACGGGAAGGUGGAGGCUCUGACCGAUGCUCUCCAGACCACCGUGGCCAAGUGGAAAGGUCGUAUACCAAUGCCCCUCCCGCUGGAGCUCUACACCUCCUCAACCUUUAUUGGCCUCUUUGUGGAGGAGCAGAUGGCGGAGGUGCUGAAGAGUUUCGCUUCUGAUUUUGCAACUGAAGCAACCGCUAAAGCAGAUGUUCAUGUCGAGCCUCAUAAGAAACAACUUCAUGUCACUUUGGCAUACCACUUCCAAGCCAGUCACCUUCCAAUUUUGGAGAAGUUGGCCAAAACGGUGGAUGUGUCUUCAGGCUGUGACUGGCUGGCUGUGCUCUUCUCCCGGGAUAUUCGGUUCGCUAAUCAUGAGACACUGCAAGUCAUGUACCCGUAUGUGCCUCAGAAUGACGAUGAGCUCGAGCUGCUGCCAGGAGACUUUAUUUUCAUGUCUUCGGUGGAGCAAAGCAGUGCCAGUGAGGGCUGGCUGUACGGCACCUCGCUGGGAUCGGGGCUGUCGGGCCUGCUGCCUGAGAACUACGUAAACCGUGCUGAUGAGUCUGACACUUGGGUCGUCCAUGGGUCUCACUCUAUGCUCACCUGUGCCUCCCCAUCUAACUCUGGCAGCGCCGUGUCUGGGUUAUUAUUUGAUGGACAGCUGAAUGACAGUCUGCUUGACAGUCUUAUGGAUACUCCCGGCCUCGCUGGCCUCUGUCCUCCUAUGCAGGUGUUGAGGCCGACCAGUCAAUCCUCCCUGUCCAAAAUGAGACUGUUUGUGUGUCGCCAUGGGGAGAGGAUGGAUGUGGUGUUUGGGAAACACUGGAUUACUCAGUGCUUUGACUCCAAAGGCCGAUACAUUCGCUCUAAUCUCAACAUGCCAUCCAGCCUGCCAGCUAGAAUCGGAGGUCACCGGGACUAUGAUAAGGAUUGUCCAAUAACUGUGUUUGGCUCCACCCAGGCCCGUCUUGUAGGUGAAGCCCUGUUAGAAAGCCACACAACAAUAGACUUUGUUUACUGCUCUCCUUCUCUUCGCUGCAUCCAGACUGCUCAGCACAUUCUGCAGGGUCUCCAGCAGGAGGGAAAGACAAAAAUCCGUGUGGAGCCUGGAUUGUUUGAAUGGACGAAGUGGGUUGCAGGCACAUGUUUACCCGUCUGGAUCCCCCCAACUGAGCUGGCUGCAGCUAACCUGAGUGUUGACACAACAUACAGACCUCAUAUUCCCAUAAGUAAGUUGGCGGUGUCAGAGACCUAUGACACAUACAUCAGCAGGAGCUUCCAAGUAACCAGAGAGAUCCUGUCAGAGAGCAAAGGCCUGGGAAACACAGUCCUGAUUGUGGCCCAUGCGUCCUCGCUGGAGGCUUGCACUCGCCAGAUACAAGGCCUCAGCCCCCAAAACUCCAAGGACUUUGUCCAAGUUGUCCGAAAGAUUCCUUACUUGGGUUUUUGCGCUUGUGAAGAAAUGGGAGAGACCGGGGUGUGGCAGCUGGUCGACCCACCCAUCUUGCCUCUGACACAUGGACCCAAUCACAGUUUCAACUGGAGGGAAAUGCUAAUACAAGACUGAAGAUGUGCUGUUUGGCUCUCUAUCUUUUGGGCAGCCCUGAACUGCUGGAAAAAAAUAUUUAUUUUUAACCCACUCUUCUGCUAUAAAUCCAGCCCAACUACCAAAAAAAACCAAAACACGUCUAGCUUCCGUCAAAGACAUCAUGCAAAUGUAUUCAGACACACAGCUCAGGAAUGAGAAAAUACAGUUUUUGUAGAGAUCACGGCAAAAAUGAGCUACAGAUUGGAUGGCAGUUUGUUGCGUUUCCCCCUUUGUUUGUACUUCUUUGCCCAAAAUGUGGAGGUGCUAUGAAAAAUAUGUAUAGUUCUUGAUGGUUGCGCAUGAAUCUGGUUUUAUAGCUCCUCCUCAGGCUCUACAAGACAUUGUGCUCUGCUGCCUUCUUACACCGUGUGACAAAAACUAGAUGAGAAAGACUUAAACCACAGAAAUAUUUUUUCAUGUGUCAGAAAUUAUUAUUUAACUUGUAGCUACGACCCUCCUGCGAAAAAGGUCAAAAGAAAUGUUGACAAUCAGACAGGGGAAAACUGAUCUUCAUUGUUUCUGGUGCUGAGGUGGGUAGUUUAUGAUACCUGUUUUAUUCCUGUAAGUGUCAUAUCAUUAAGUGAUUCUUCUAAGUUAACAUUUAUGUGCACACAUGAAUAUUUUACCUCCCUGUAAUGCAGUUUUGAUUAGCACCCACAGGAGCAACCAAGGCAGUAUGACUUAAGAAAAUUAAUAUAAUGAAAUACAGACUGCUGUUGAGUGCAUUGACUAAAACCUUUGCUUGUUCAUCACGACCCUAAAACUCUGUAAGCUUGAUAACCACGCUGCUUUUCAAACACUUGGUGCAUUUUAUUUCUUUGGUUAUGUCAAAUGCUUUAAGUGCUCACUGCCUAUACGAUUUAUUUGAUAUAUGACUCAAAAAUUAUUAAAGCAAGGUUGUGGAGUUAUAAAGGCCGUUACAUACCA